UUUGCAUAACAUUAACAAAAUGUAUUUACUGAAAAUAAUCUAUUGUCUCUAUGAUAACUGCAUUUAAAACAAAACAGUUCUAACAAUGGGCAGUCAUUCACCUAGCAACCAUUGUUCGGCAGUAAAGCCUGUGUCACAGACCACCCGCAGUAUGUCCCUGUUUGUGCCAGUCUGGUUUUGUCUGUGGGAGGAGCCAAGAGAGCAGACUGCCUGUCAACACUACACUGUCUGAAAGGUGAGCUGAAGGGGAAGGACUGUUACUGCAUCAUGUACUCUUCAUUUACCUGACAGGAAGACAAUAAGACAAGUAGUUCAUGUGCAUUCAGCAUUUAAAGGUAAGACAAAUUUUUUUUCCAACAUUGUAAAUUCCCAUAAUUAUUCCAAUUUAAAGCCUCUGAAAUAACAUUUAAACCAUCUUCAGGCUCAGGCUGAUACUUUUUUUUUUUUUUUCAUUCAUUCUGAAACUAGCACUUUAAUACACAUCAUUUCUUGCAUUACCUGCAUUUGGACAAUUUAUUGCAAACUUCUCCAGGAGAAAUCAGUGGUUUGUAUCAUUAUUUUCUGCAGCAGCAAAUUAGCUGGUCCUUGUUCUUGCCAAUCUGAUAGAUGGAAACAAGCCAACACCAACAUAUACUGUACCACAAAUAUAACAGGAAAAAAAAGAGCAAGACCCAGUAAAAGCUCAUUACAUCAGCUUUGUCCUGCUAAUUCUCCUUGUCUAUUACAGACUACAUCCUGUGUUUCCAGGAAGGGUAAAAUCCGUCCAAAGUGAUUUAAAUUACAAAGAAGCACAGGGAUUAUUUCACCUGCAAUGAUAAUCCCAUCUAAAUGGAGCUUAAGUGCCCCAACUGCCAGAUAAAGACAGAAUGCUCUGACAUUAAUUAUCCACAUUUCUCUUCUGUAUAUCUGCUGAAUCUUUAGUUUAGCCUAGAAUGCUGCAUGGCUGCGUCCCUGGUGUUCAGACUACAUGACAGAGGUCCAGAGGUGGUGAGGGAGGUUCUCCUGGAGCGAGGCUGGGAGGAAUUUGAUGAAGAAGAACGAGAGGAGGGGGACUGGAACCUCUACUGGCGCAGCUCUGCAUUUCGCAACUCAGAAUAUCACAGCCUGUUGCCAUGGCAGCGCCUCAACCACCAUCCCAAAACUCUUGGCAUCACACGCAAGGACUGCUUGGAACGCAACCUGAGGAGGAUGAGAUCCACGUUUGGUUCAUCUCUGUAUGACUUCAGUCCAACUGUCUUCAUCCUCCCCAACGACUACACUCGCUUCCUGGCUGAAUACAACCGACUGCGUCAGACCAGAGGACCGUCGCUGUACUGGAUAUGUAAACCUGUGGAUCUCUCCAGAGGCAGAGGGAUCUUCAUCUUUGAGGCUAUGAAGGACUUGGUCUACGACUGCUCUGUGAUUGUACAGAGGUACAUCAGCAACCCUCUGCUGAUCUCCGGCUACAAGUUUGACCUGAGGAUCUAUGUGUGCGUUAAGAGCUUCCAUCCACUGACUGUUUACAUUCAUCAGGAAGGACUGGUGCGUUUCGCCACCGAGAAGUACAACCUGUCAUCUCUGCAAAACCUGUUCGCUCACCUCACCAACACCAGCAUCAAUAAGUUCGGUCCUUUCUACAAAACCGAAAAAGGGAGAGUGGGCCAAGGAUGCAAGUGGACUAUGAGCAAGUUCAGGCAUUUCCUCCAAAGCCAAGACAUCAACGAGCGUCUUCUGUGGCAGAAAAUCAACAACAUCGUCACUCUGACCCUCCUCACCAUCGCUCCCUCCGUCCCCUCCUGUCCGAACUGCGUGGAGCUGUUUGGCUUCGAUAUCCUUAUUGACAUCAAGUUUAAACCCUGGCUGCUGGAGGUCAACUACAGUCCCGCGUUGACUCUGGACUGUCAAGCCGAUAUCACAGUGAAGAAAGGACUGAUCAGCGAUCUGAUUGAUUUGAUGAACUACACAUCGAUUGACAGCUUAAGAGAGAAAGCUUAUCAGAAACAUAAGUACAAGCAGCCUUGUUUCCAUGCCAACCUUCCCUCACACGUUCCUGUGCUGUCCAAGUUUAAAGAAACCAAAUUUCAGAUUAAAACAAGUGGCAUCCAGUCCUCACAAACUCAGGCCCUCCCUCUGCUGAAAACUCUUCCCCAGUCUGAACAGAUGAAACAAAGACAAUCCAGACAGCAUGCUUUUGUCGCAGACAUCCGAAGACACCUUCCCCCUGUUGACUUAAACAAGUUAUUUGCAGCCAGGGGCAGAAAGACUAACACCACAGUUACCAAAACCCAUACCGACAAGACCCUGAACCUGAUACUUGCCCCACAUUCAAGGACAAACACAUCAGUGGUAAACAGACCGACGUGUCCGGCCCUUGCACCGCGGCUGACGGACAACAGAAGUCUUCACGUGUCUGAGGUUACAAACCACGACCACACUGAAACAGAAGCUGAGCCGGAGCCCUCAGGAGAGACACACGUUUCCUCUAAGGUACCUGACAUCCGACAGAGCGGGCUGGGAUCCAGACGUUCUGCUGCGUCCUGGAAGCUCCCCAACAUUUACAGUGGGAGCCACAAGCCAGUAAGGACUCCUUUACAGGGAACCACAGCACUGAACGGACAACAUAUUCCUCCGCUCAGAGUCGGAGACUUCAUACGGACCUUCCCCUUCAACACGGCCACUCUGAAGGCCUCGCGGCAGGAACUGGAUAUCAAGAGCAUCAUACAGGAGCUUCAUAAGCUGACGGGUCAGCUGGCUUCAGGCCAAGACAAGACAAAGUGGAGGAGGGAAGAGGACGAGCUGAAGGAAGAUACAGAGGGCGAAGAAGAUUUUGAUUCACUGUUCUGGGGGCCGGAGGACCCUCCGCUGCUCAGUCGAUGCUUCAAACCACGUGCAGAAUACAACAGUUUGAAAACUACACCUCAAGUCUGAUUGGAAAGCACAGAUAAAAGAAAUGUAUCUGAAACAGGAAAAUCAUGGCGAUAGUCCCGUUUCUUCUUUUCUUUUUUCUUCCUGGAUUACUGCUAAGCUUUGAUUUGUUUAUCCUCUGAUAAACUUAGAAAGUGGAAAUGUACAACACAUCACUUCUGCAUGUCAAAGGAUUUUCCCAA